AACUAUUAUAUAUAUAUAUAUAUAUUUGUAUAUCAUUCAAUUUUUUAGACACUAGAAAUGAAAAGCACUUCCCAGUUCCCACUUCCCACAUGACCACUAUUGUAUAAUAGAAGUAUGAUCCAAAUAAAAGAAGCAGUAGCUGAAUUCAUGACUCAUGUUCUUUGUGUGAAUCCAAAGCCGUACACAAUGCAAGAACUAGAUUAACUACUAUAAGCCAAAAACUAACCAGAAUCUUUGAUAGAGAAAGAUGGCUCAAAACAAAGGUUUACAUGGAGAGAACAAGAGAACAAGGCAAUAUGCUUUCAUGCUGAUGCUAGCUUUUGGUGUUUCAUUUCUUGGUGUUCUGAUGCUUCACAAGUUUAGAGAACAAGAGCACAAGGCAAUAUGCAGCUUUCUUGUCAAGGAGAAAGACGGGGAGCUUCUUUCCCUUCAGCUUUUAUUGCAGCAAAGAGAUCACAACAAAGAGAUAGAAGGUAAGAUUGAGGAAAUGAAGGUGAAGAUAUACUCAUUGAAAGGUCAGAAGAUGGAGCUUGACAAGAGAGUUUUGCAGAUGAAGUCUACCAUGGAUUCUCUAAAAGAAGAGCAGCGAGUGAUCGAAUCUGCAUUCGAGGAGAAACAGAACGAGAUUAGGAUGCUGCAAGUACAAGGGAAAAUUUUGAGAAACAAUAGUGAGUUGAACACUUUCAAGGAUGGUGAGAUUAGAGCAGAAUCCAAGGAUGAAGUUAUGAAUGGAAGUGGGAAUGAUGAUAGAUUGAUCGAGACGAAUGAACAUGACAAGGAGAAAGUAAAUCGACAAGUCAAAGAUACUCGAGAUGAUAGUAAUUUAGGAGUUACUGCUAAAAGUAAGAGUGGGAAGGAAAAUGAAAUAAACAAACAAGAGAAAAAGGCCAAUGGUAAAGAUUCUGUAAUGAAACAUGCCCAAGCAAGUAGAUUAAUGUGGAAGCAAAGGAGAAAGAAUAGCUUGAACGCUGAAGCAAGAGAACAUAGAGUAGAUGAAAUAAGACAAUAAUCCAUUAAUCUUCUGACAUAUUUCAUGAACAACCUGAAGAAUUUCAAGAAAGAAUGCACUCAUAGUUGCAAUGACUAAUAACUGAUUUCUUCAAGGAGUAGAUCAAUGAAGAAUAGAGUUUCAAGCAGGUUUCGUGAAUCAUAUUUACUGUUUUCAGGUUAUACAUUAGAUGGAAAUUUGUCGGUAAUCAUAAAAAGUACAUACCGCAAAUAUAUCAU